AUGGCGAAAAGAGAAUGUUUGUUGACCGGGGUGGAGCUGAGGGAUAUGGGAAGCAAAGGACUUGGUUUUGUUGCGAGCGGUCCACUCCAGACCGGCACGGUGGCCAUCCAGGAGAGGCCAUACGCGACCUCUCUUUUCCCACAAGCCUAUGCUGUGACUUGCCGCACAUGCUUCGGGAGCAUCAACACCGCGACAAAGGGUCUCCAAUCCUGUCGACGCUCCGCCUUCUACUGCAGCUACAAGUGCGCCACUCUGGAUCGAAGGGCCCACCGAGACAGCGGGGAAUGCUGGUUGUACGAACACGCGGCGGGGCUGAGCCUGGCUGCUCCAUUGGGUCUUCAGCGCGAGGCCAUCCUGGCGUUGCGACACCUCCUCCUGUUCCCCCCGGUAUCCGCAUCCACAACCGCCGUCGCAACCGCCACUACAACCGCUAUUACAACCGCCACGGCAACCGCCGCUACGACAGCAGUGUCCCCUGCAGCCCCGCCCUGCUGCUCUCCCUCCGCCCCCGCCCCCGCCCCCGCCCCGUACUCCUCGAACCCAAUUCGUCAGCCCCAGCAUCAGCACCAGCCCCUGUCGUGCCAUGAGGCCCACCUGGCUGCCGGCUCCCAGGUGGAGCGGGAACUAGCGAGCUGGCAGGCGGCCGCGGUGGCGAGUGCCGUACUGCAGCCGGGGUCCGGGUCGCUGGAAAGGGGGUUGAGUGGGGAGGGGGUGUCUGGGGGCCUGGAUGGGGAGGUGGCGGAGGCGGCAGUGGCGGAGGCGGAGGCGGUGGCGGAGGCGGCGGGCCUAGGACCAGUCCCCGUUAGUUGUGGCGGAGGUGGAUUUCCCGCCGCCAGCAAUAAAACCCGUCCCGCCGCCGCCGGGGUGGCGGGGCCUCCGCCCAGCUCGUCCACUUCCUCAGAGUCGUCGUACGAAUCGUCGUCCUCCUCUGAUGACGGCGGCGUGCCGCCGCACCGCGAUCAACGCUACUGCCGCCGCCGCCGCGGUAACGGCAGCAACAAGGCAGACGACGCGCUACGGGCCAUUCUUCAGCUCCAAUCCAUUUUUGAAACCUGGCCGCCGUACGAAUGUCGUGCCGUUAAGUCAAUGCAGCCAGCGCACGGCGGCGGCGGACCUAGCAGGUCUCCAGUUCAUAACGACAGCGAAGCAGCACGGGGGGGAUCAUGUGGACAAGGGCAGCGGGGUCGGGGUUGGGACCAGGAAGGGGAGGAGGGGGAGGAGGAGGAGGGUGAGAGGCGUCAUGUGGGGAGGCGGUCGGUCACAGCUGCUGCUGCGGCGGCGGUGGGCGUGGCGGCGGCGGCGGUGGCGACGGUGCUGAGCAACGCGCUGGAGGUGACGUUGCAUCCGCCCUUCGCCGUCGGCCUCAUUGGCGCGGGCAGGACGACGGCGGCGGCGGCGGCGGCGGCGGGCCCGUUGAGUGUUCCCCUGGCGUUGUACAGGAGCGCCUGUCGCAUCAACCACUCGUGCCGGCCAACCGCCGCCUACCACUUCCGUCCGGGGGCCCAGAUCCGAGUACGGCUGCUGGCGGACCUGGACGACGGCGCCGAGAUCACCGUGUCGUACGUGGACCUUGCGUUGCCGCGCAGCCGCCGCCGUGCGCAGCUCCGCGACCAGUACGGCUUCGACUGCUGUUGCGAACGGUGCUGCGGCUGCUCGGCAUCCGCUGGGCGUGACGGCGGCGGCUGGGCGGCUGAUCCUUCCGUACUAAAAUCGGUGGCCGCUGCGACGGCGGAUGAGCUGUUGGGGGCGUCCCGUCAGCCCGCGGCGCCGGCAUCCGUCAGCGACGGGGCCGCCACCGCAGCAGCUUCAGCCGCCUGGUCUGCAGCAGCCGCACCAGCAGCAGUAGCUGAGUUGAGCCUGGAGCAGCGGCUGCAGCUGCUAGUACGAGACUGUGGCGACAUGCUUUUGUGGCAGCCGCCGCCGCCGCCUCGUCCGCCGCCUCCUCCGCAGCACCACCACCACCACCAGCGGCAAGGCGGCGGCGGCAGCUCGACGGCGGAGCGGGCGUUUUCUGCGCUCAUACGUGGCUUGGACGAGCUCCUGGAAGAGGCGAAAUGUGCACCAGCACCAGCACCAGCACCAGUGUCCCGGGGAACCCUGGGGGGAAAGUGGGGGGGAAGGGCCGCAACCACUACUACAGUCAAUGCCACACCCACAGCUGCAGACCUGCAGCUGUCUAUUGGGGAGGUGGUCCCGGGCCCUGGCCCUGGCCCGGGUUUUGCUGCAGGGGGGCCUUCAGGCGGCGGUGAUGAUGGUGGCGGUGAUGAUGGUGGGGCUAGCGGCCCAGCCUCCAUGUUCCGGCCGCAGCAGCACGCCGCCGGCCUGGACGCGUUCGCAUUGCUGGCGAGUGCCGCCAGGCGUUGCGCUCGAGUCGCAACCUUCGCCGCCGCUGCCGCAACCGCUUCCCCCGGCCCUGAUGAGGCUGCGGCGGCGGCGGCGGAUGGAGAGCGACCGCGUAAAGGUGCCGAGGAGGCGGGGAAAGACGGCGAUGUUGGUGGCGGGCCCGCGGAGGGACUGGGGAGGGCCGUGGGGGUGUCGUGGUGGGCUCGGGCGGUGUGCGCGUCCCUGGCUGGGGCUGCGGCGGCGGAGCGGCUGCUUGCGGCAGACCCGGCCUUGUUGCAGCUGGCGGCCGCCUCCUGGAGCGACGCCGCCAGCACUGUCUGCGAGAUGCUGUCAGAGAUAUUCGCCGCAGCGAUGCCCGACGCCGUCGACCCCCCUGCCACUGCCACUGCCACCGCUACCACCGCUACCGCUACAGCCGCUACCGCUACAGCCGCUACUGCGGCGGCCCCUUCCCCGGCAGCUGCGGGGCCCUCAGCCGGUCCGUCACGGGGUUGCCCGUGUGAGGAGCUCCACAAGGUGUGGAACCCGUGCAGGCACAGCGGACAGCAGUGCACGGGACCAGCUGCGGCGGGAAGGUCGGCGGCAGUGACGGUGGCGGCUGCAGGGGUCCCCUCCCGCUACCACGGCGGCGGCGGUGGAAGUAGUGGUGGCGGUGGUGGUGGUGGUGGAGGAGUGGCCACCACAACCACCAUGGUCAUGACCACCACUGCGACUGUCAGGAGCUUCAGCGGGGGUGGGGAGCGGCGGUGGAGCUGGAGCGAGCUGGUGAUGUGCGGGGCGAACGGAGGAAUAUCGGCAGCGGGCGCUGCGGGCGCUGCGGGCGAGGCGGGAGAGGCGAGGAGCGGAGGGGGAAGUGUGGAGGCGGCGCCUGGGGCCGGCUGGCUGGUGAUGAUGAUAAUGAUGAUCACCGUCAUAAUGACGGGGGGUAUUGUGAACGCGACCGGCAGUGGGGAGGACAUGGACCUGUCGCGAGGAGGGACGCCGAGGGGGCGAGGGAGGUCCCGGGAGGGACUAGAAGGCACGGUGAUGGCGCAGACGGCCGUGCCGACGUCAGCACUCCUGGUUGGGGGGGUUCGCUGGCGGCGCCUGGGGGCACCUGCAUGUACAGCCGCGGCCUGCGGUGCCGUAUUCCGGGUUUGCCGCCGCCUGGGUGAAGAAGAAGACCUGGGCGGCGGUCCGGGCGAGCUGGGGCCCAGGGCUGGCGACCGACACCAGCCGGGGGUCGCUGCGGUGGCCGCUGCGGCCCUUGACGAUUGGCUGGGGGGGGUGGGGUUGUCGCCGUCGUCGUUGGCUGCGGAGGAUGCGGAUAUGGGGAGCCCAGCCUCUUGCGGUACUGGAGCAGCGGCGGCGGAGGCAAGGCGAAGAGAGGAGAGGUACGGCGGCGGCGGUGACGCCGCGGCGACGGCUGCAUCGGCUGUGGAGGCGGCGGCGGGUGUUGUUGCGGUGGCGGCGGCGCACUCUCUGGCCCGCGUGCAUCUGCUGCUGCGGGUGCUGCUCGGGGAGGCACACGGCGCCUGCGAGGCGGCCCAGUUCUUGCCGUUUUUCGUACAACACUUGCCGUACGAGGUCGCGGCGGAGCUGACACAGCUCGCGAGCGCGCUGCUCAACCGAGUGCACGUGCCGUACGUGCCGCUGUAA